GACAGAGAGGCAAUGGACAGAAUAAAAGAAAGAGAAGAGAGGAGUGGGAGUAAAGGAGGAGUGGAGGGUGAAGGAGGAGAGCCAUGAAGAGUUAGAGAUACAGAUAAGAAAUUGAGAAUGACAAGUGUUGAGGGCGCUGAGGGAGGGAGAGACGAAGGCAGAACGUGAGAAAAAAAAGAGUUGAGAAAGAAGUGGAGACAGAUGAGGAGAAGCAGAGCAGACAGGAGAAGGAGUGUUGAGACCAGAAAGGAAUCAGCAGGAGCAGGGAGGAAGGAGGAGGUGAUUCUUAGGUGCAUUAAUUGAAGCUGACAAACAGAAAAGAGCAGAUUGUCUGAGUGGGAAGUGUUGAAAGAGGAGGAGAGAAACACAAAAGAGGGAGUGGAGAAGAAGCAGAGGGAGAGAGGAGAGGAGAGGAGAGGAGAGGCAGUGUGUGGCAGAGAAGGAGAAAGGAGGAGAUGUGAGGAGGAGAGCUGAGAGAAGAAAACAGGAGGGAACUUUAUUCACUGUUGUGCUUCCAGCCUCUGACGUCGCUGUGAAACCCUCUGGAGCUGCUGCUGCACGACUGAAUGCUAUCAGGACCGAACAGGCAGCUGCCAAACCCACUGACACACACGCACACACACACACACACACACACAUUAACACAGAAAGAAAGGCGAGCAGAGGAGCUCCCCAGCAGUGUUGGAUAUGACUCCGCUGAGCCACUGUGGUGUGGAGGACUCAGAGUGACAGUUGGGAAUAACCGGUUCUUCAUCCAGUCAGUGUGUUUUGUAAAGAUGAAGUGACACCACCAGGAUCUGCCGACGACUUCACAGCUUGGAUGUUUCCAUCGGACGAAACGCAAUACAAACCCCAUCCUCUGCUCGUAACUCGCUCCGCACAAAAGCCAUGACAGGAGGUAAAUCUCCCAGGACGCACCUGUCUCCCAGCAGAGGGGGAGGAGCAAUCUGGUCUCUGCAGCCGGAUGAGGUUGACAGGGUCUUCCAGGCGCUACGCAAAGGACUGAAGGAGUUUCUGGAGGGUCACCAGACAGAGAUGGACUUCCUGUCUUCACAGCAGAGAGAAACCAAGAGAAACUCCAGACUGGCCUUUCUGUAUGAUCUGGAGAAGGAGAUAAGAGCGUUGGAGAGAUAUAUACGAAGAUUAGAAUUUCAAAUCAGCAAGGUGGAGGAGCUCUAUGAGACGUAUUGUAUCCAGUGGAGGUUGUGUCAGGGAGCGGUCAACAUGAAGAGAGCCUUCUCACUGUCCCCGUCCACCAGAGCCUCCAGAGAGAGUCUGCUGGAGCUCAAUCGCAACCACAGACACAGCCUGCAGGACAUGUCAGUUAUGGAAGGAGAGCUAGAAAUCCUCCUCGGAGAGCUACAAAUCAAAAUGAAAGGUCUGAUCGGCUUUGCUCGACUCUGCCCCGGAGACCAAUACGAGGUGGUGGUGCGGUUGGGACGCCAGCGAUGGAGGAUCAGAGGGAGGAUCGAAUCGGACGACACACAGUCCUGGGAUGAAGAGGAGAUGGUCUUCCUCCCGCACAUACACCACAACUUCGAGAUCAAGUCCAUUUGACAGCACUGAGAAGAUGAGGCCGCUGUCUGUCAGCAGGCAGUCGGUGACCAGCAGAAAGAGUUCAGUUUACAGCUGGACGGCUCCAAGCACCCCGUCCUUCACCGAGAAGUACUUCAUAUCGAUGGUGCGUGAGCUGCAAGAUCAGGAGGGUUCCCUCCCGUCUCUGGUGUCUAAAAGUCGACACAACAGAGGAGGCGUGUCUCUGCUCAGCUACCUGUCCAACCCCUCACACACCGGCAUCGCCCCAAACCACAGCCCUCAAAGCCCCUACAACCUCAAUCUCAAGCGUACGCACAGCUACCCCUCCAGCCACAGUCAAGGCACCAGUCUGGGAGGAAGCCAGACUCAGCUGUCCCUCGGGGAGGAAGGAUCCCUGGAGGUCUCUGCAGAGGAGAGGGAGAGGAGGAAGAGGAUGGACAAGAAGGAUGGAGAGGAGGAGGAGGAGGAGGAGGAGGAGGAGGAGUGGGGAAGUGUGUUAGAUACUCGCUCCACACCAGCGGAGAGUAAAAUGAGUUCCCUGCUGGCUCUACAGAUGUCCAGCACUCCUGACAUCCUCAGAAAGAACACAGCUGGAGAACCAGAACCUGAGACACACAGUGGAGCCCUGGGACCGGACACUGUCGGUGUUCAGGACUCUCCAGAAUGUCAGUCACAUUCUGCUGCUGCCUCACCCUCUGCUCAGCGCCCCAUCGUAACCCCUUCCUCACCCACGACCGCGGCUCCGACCCCGGGGAGGCCGGGGGUGAGCGGUGCCCAGCGCAGGGCCCAGGCCAUCAAGCUGGGAGCCCUGAUCGCAGAGCUGGAGAAGAUGUUACAGAACCAGAGCUGCUCUGAGAAGGAGCUGAGAACCCUGGACCACCAGAUACUGCACCUGGCGACCAUACUGAAGAACGACCUCUCCCUGUUGAGAAGCUCAUCAUCAGAGGAGACUCUGGCUGUGGAGGAAGUCCUGGGCAGCUUUGACUUCCUGUCACAUGACUUCAAUGCAGAUGAUGACACUUCCUGUUUGGGCAGCCUGAGACUGAAGGACAGUGGCAUCAGUUCUUUCCAGCAGGGCACUCGCAGGAGUCUCGGCCUCUUCUCCCAGAACAGCCAAUCAGCUUCUGAGGAAGAGCUGGUCAUCGCCCCUCUCACUUCUGGGAACUGGGGUCUUGACCAGGCUAUCGAGACUCACCUGGAUAUAUGUUGCAUCCUGCUACAGAUGAUAACUACGACCGACUUCAGCCCGUCCAGGAGGGAGCUGCUGGAGGAAAUGGCUCUGCAGGCUGAAGUCCUGGACAGAGUCAGCUGUCUGCUGCUAGAGAAGAACGACAACAUCUCAGCUAGAGACAUCCUCCCGAAGGCCCAGAGAACGAGGGAUGUGCUGUUGUUCUGGGAAGAGUGUGUGAACGAAAGCAGCUCUCCUUUCUGUUGCCGCUCUGACAGUUUCUCCAGGACGCUAAAGAAACGUUACACACACAAGGUGAAGGCCAAACAGCCGGGCCAGUCAGAAAAAGUGUUUUCUCAGCUCCUGCAGCAGCUCCAGACGGCCUGUCGGACGGCGCCCAGCCCUCGACCGGUCUGCAGCCCGGAGAGAGUCACCCUCUUCCAGCUCUCUGUGUAUCUGAAACGCUGGAGCUUCCAGGAGCUGGGAGAGCACAUCUUACGCCUCUCUAAAGAAGAGUACAUCCUGUCAGCCCUAAGAAGCCCCAAGAGGAGGCGUGCUUUAAAUAAGAUGAGGGGGCGGGGCAUCACGGAGCUCCUCCCACUGGGAUGCACCCUGCAGACUCUGGCCGCCCUGCAGAUCGACUCCAACCACAAAGUCUGCAAAGCUGCUGCCAACUGUCUAUGCAGAGCCGCAGGCUGCAAGGCCUUCAGGAGCAAGGCGGUAGUUUACUACACGGAGAGUUUGAAAAGCACUGAUGUUCAGAUCCAACAAGGUUCCUGUCUGGCUCUUAAAUGCCUCAGGGCGACAGAGAGUGUGGACCACAUAGCAGAUUUGUGGAGAUCAGCAGAUGAAGAUCUUCGCAGCGCUGCCAGAGAGACUGUCCUCUCCUUUGGUAAAAAGGGCUACCUGGCCUUCCAGAGAAUGGACCAGCUGUACACUGAGAUGGAGGAGGAGGCUUAUCAGAACCAAGAGACUGAGAUUACCUUCUUAUAGGAAACAAAUGUGGACCUAAAACAGGCCGACGCUCUCUUCUUUUCUUUUUGUUUCUGAUGAGCCCCAACAUGAAGAGUCUCAAUGAUCCUGACAGUCAGGGUGAGAGGCUACAUUCAAACAAAGCUUGUGUCUGACUUAGAUAAAGUUUAUGAGGCGUCGUACUUUCUGAUUUUGUGUGAAGAAACCUGUGGCACCUUCGUGGCAAACACCAAAAGGGACGAGUGCAGAGGAAGAUCUCGGGAUGGAUCGUUCGCUCACUAACCAGAGAAGUGACUUUUUCUGGGAAAGUGAAUUUAUUUUUGUCAAAUUUUCAGAGUUUAGUUUUAAGAUGAAGAAGUUCUGUCCUCGUUAUUUAACCUGCUAAGAUUUUUUUGUGCAGUUUUAAGAUUAUUUCUGCUUUUCCAGUGUUGGGACUUAUUUUCAGGUCAGGUCAUGGUUGUUGUUUUUUUGGAAAAUGAAGGAGAAAUGUACUAUUAUUCCACAUAAUGUCACAAAUGUGUAAUUAAGAGGCAUAAUGAGCAAAAAUCCAAAAUAUCCUGUGAAUAUUAAACCCUGAAGGGACCAAAUAAAUCCCUAAUAACAGCCCCAAACAGUGCCCCUCCUGCCUGUGAGAGGAACCUCACACAGAACAAGUCCACAAAUCUACCUGUGGCAGGUUGCUUUUUCCCUCUGAGUUGUUCUUAAUUCCCUUGUUUUCAUGAGUUGUUGGGCACUUCGUAGCAGGAACAUAAAAUGGCUCCUGAAAUGUUUCCGAAAAACAGGAGCUGUGACAUUCAGGGACGCCAAAGGAUUAUAGUACAAACACCUCUGGCAGGCAGCCAAACAGCAUUUAAGAGGUUUUACUCUGCUCUCCUAAAUCUGCUCCUUUGUCAGUGAGUUUCCUGCUUUGCUGAGGAUAUGUGCUGAUGAGUGUGUGUAGUCAUUUGAGCUACAUAUGUGCAUUGACUUAGCUUGAAGGAGGUGAUCCUGAGUGUGUCAUUAGCAGUGUAAUUACUGCUUGAUAAAGAAUAACUAAUGCAUGACUCAUUGUGAUUUAAUGCAUAAAUGAAUGCAGGUUGUGUCAUGAAAUCUUGUUAUAUGUCAUUACGUAAGUUUAUGUGAUUAGUUAAAGGUUAAAUACACAGAAUUCACUUUCCACUGGACGUUGCACUAGAGCACCAGCAUCUCAGACCCACACAAUGGGACAGAAAUUAAAUAAAACUCACCAAAACCGUCUUUGUUGGUCUUUCCAACAAUCACCAACACUGUUUUGGUCAAAAUAAACUCUCAAUUUACAGCGUUAGAUGUGAAAAUAUUCAUAAAAAGAGCUGCAAUGUAAGCUAAUGUUAAUCCUUGGGGACAAUGUGUCCAUUAAAGUAUGUCCACUAAAAGAUCUGAUCAAGUCAUCAAUUCAUUAAUUAAUGUUGGAAUCCAGCUACCAGGACUUCAACUAACUGUUGUUUUCAAUGUCAAUCUGCCAAUUAUUUCCUCAGUUUAUUGAUUGUUUUAUCUAUAAAAUGUUUGAAAAUUGUUUAAAACUAUAUUUUUUUCAGUUUCCUGGAGCUCAAGGGGACGUCUUCAGUGUAUUGUUUUGUUCAAUCAACAGUCCAAAACCCAAAGAUAUUCAGUUUACAGUCAUAAUAAAACAGAAAAAAUAUGUAAAUCCUCACAUUGAACGAGCUGGAAGCAAAUUCUCUGCCUUUCUGCUUAUUUGAUUAUAGUUUCUAGUUCAUUUUCUGUUGAUAUGUGAAGCCGUUCAUUACUGGUAGUCUCAUACAAACAUCUACACGUUGCUGCUCAACCCAAACAGCCUUCAUUUAUGUCGUAUUUACAAGCCAGUGGGCGGCACAUCAGAGAGAGAGAGAGUGGGUUUGCUUGUCUGUGUAACUCAGCAUGUAAAUAAAUGUAUAUUCAAUAUAAUCACAUAAAUUCAAAGUGAAUACAUCAAGCAGUAAAUCAUCAUGAGUCAUGCAUUAGUUAAGUGUUUUGAAGGCUUAUUACCAAAUUGCCCUUCAUCAUUGUCACUGUGUUGUAUCGUCACUGAGACACAGGCUGGUGCUGCCCCCUGCUGGCUGUUUCAGUGAACUGAGGUUUGGGAAGGGCCCUGACCUGAGGAUGCUUUCGCUCGCCACAGAAUAGAUUUGGCUGUGGUCGAACUGACCUGCGACCUCUCUGACUGGGUGAUUUAGGGAAUGUUUGGAAGGUCACUCGAAUGGCGUGAGAAGAAGACGUUAGUCAGAUUUCUUAAUGUGCAAAGCAAAAAAAGUUAUAGUCAGUUCUGUUUUUUUUUUAACUUUGCAUCAUGUUUAGGGAAGGUUUUGUUUUAAGAAAUACCAGAAAAUCAUCAAAUCUGAUCAUUCCUCUCAAGAUAUUCUAAGAUAUAAAGCAGGGAAUUAACGUUCUCAGCAUACCAAAGCUGGAAACCACAUCUUGAAUCAAUUCAACCGCACCAUUAAAAUCUCACAGGGGAUGUUAUAAUGUAGAACAGCAUGGGAAGACACUGUUUGUCCUCUUUUUUAAAAAAAGAUAAUCUGAUGCAGAGUCAGAUUAGCUCCUAAAAAUGUUCAGAAUAUAAAGAAGAACCAGAGUUUGGACUCGGUUGUUGGCCCCCUCCUGUAGGACCAGAUGGUCCCGGAGAUAAACACAGUAAUAUAUCAAUAGAUCAUCAGAAGUCAUGUUUGUAGGCAUUUUCACCACAUUAUCUUUAGAUUUAUUAGAUUUGACUGGGUCAGCUGAGACUACAGUAGUUCUGUUGGUGGUCUUCCAGCUGUUGUUGGUGUUGUUGUUGAGUUUUCAGUGUUCACGGAAGGAAAAGAUGUGAUGGAGGAAUUGAGCUGAGGGAGAUUUGGAAGGAACGAGGAAAGGAAAGACAACAGGAAGGUAAAAGGAAGUUAAAGAUGUGAGGAUUAUAUUUCUGUAAUGGAAAGUAAAAGAGGCCAUAUUAUGCUUUCUGGGGUUUUUCUCGGAGUGCAUGUAAAAGGUCAGACAUGUGACAAAAGUCCACGCCAAAGGGAGUAACGUCUCCCACAGAAAACACUGCUCCUGCACGGCCUCAUCCUUUGUAUUCAACCUUUUCCUCCAUCACGCUGUUACAUCACAUUGUUACAGCCACCACCUUUAGGUUAGGUCAAUGGUUCCCAACCUUUUUCCUUAAAGGACCCCUCUUCUAUCAUUGAGUUAACUGUCGUCCCCUCACUAUGUGACAUGCAUUGAAUAUGAUAUGAAAUAUCUAUAAAAUAUAACAAUAACAGUAGAAAACAACGGAUAAACUGUACAAUGAACCAGAAUAUUGAACACAAUAACUGCAGGAAGUUUGGUAAAACACAAAAUUAAUUUUCAAAUUCAGAUUAUUUCCUGUGAAUAUUAACCAGAGAGGAGUUUUCCUGAUAUUUUAGGGAACCUUUUAUACAAUUCUGUCUGUUUCUACUUUUCUUUAAACAAUCAUACAGACUCAAUAGGCUACUUUUAUGACAAAUGCUUGCCCAUUGUUUUAUUAGCUCUAAUGCAGGAUGAGGCUGUUUAGCAGAGAGUAAAGACUGUGAAUAUAGCUUAUGUUCAGGCAGGUCUUCAAAGUUUAGAUCUUAAAUAAUAAACUAAACUUUAAAAAUAACAUUUUCAUUUAUUUUUCUUUACAGAAAUUAACAAAAUGCUGAGAUAAAGUCCCACUGUGUAUAUUUUAAAAGUUUUCGUACACCCCUUAAAAUCAAGAAGGCCUUGCGAUCUUGUGAAGCUUUCGCACUAGUGGAGGUCCCGCCCACUGAAACCCAGUGAAUCUAUAUAUUGUAAGCCUUCCUCCAGUUUAUCGAAUAGUUGUUGAGAGAAUUCACUUAAAACCACAGAUGUGAACCUCAUGGUGGCGCUAGACGGGAAGUCAGAGGAUCACUAAAAUCAGCAGGAACAUGAAUGUACUGAAUCCGUCCAGCAGUUACUGAAUGAUUCCCUUUGUUUCGUGCAGAAUUCACAUGACUGCAAACACUCGUUGCCUGUGACCACCUCCUCCUGAAGGGCGUUUUUAGAGAGCAGGUUCAGUCACACUGUUCUCUGCAGGCAGAUGAAGACCCUGUAGAUCAUGUGAUUAACAGCUUAACAAGUUCAAAGUGACACACCUCAUUUAGGCCUCAAGGCUCAUCAUGUUGGGACUCUUCUUUCAGAUUUUGUCCCACGUAUGCAUCAAACUGUGGUUUUAACAAUUGUAUAUUAUUGUAACUGGAUGUAUAUUGCUUACAGAAAUGUGUGUUAUUGAGACUUUAUGGUGCAACUCUUUGCAUUUAAUACUUAAAAGAAAGGAAGCGUUUCUCUUCUGUGAGCAUUAAAAGGACUCUGUGCUCGGA